AUGAGGCGUUUUUCAAGUUUUCUGCGUGUCUGCCUCCCUCUUACCCGUUGGAAAUCUGAGUCAACUGGGGCCUUAAAAGAAGAAGUUGAUCUUCUCACAAAACGUGUUGAGGCUAUUGAGGAUAGUAAGGCAGUUCAAGCGUUAGUAUCAUUUUAUAGUUCUCGUAAUGUACAUAAACUAAAUAACCUUAGUGAGGUAAUUCAUUAUUGUUCAAGACCUGAUUAUAACGCCGAAGUUUUUUGCCAUAUGGAGCUUCCUGUUCUCCUUUCACGCAUUGUUAGGGCUCUUGAUAGUCUUCCCUGUGGAUUAAAUGCUAUGCCAUCUGUUCUAUUGGUUAAAAAUACGUAUUUGGAUUCUUUUAAGAAGCUAAUAGAAUGUGAUUUCCCUGGAGAGAAAGAAAGCGUAAAACAUUUUCGUAAUGUGGUUGCUGAAAUUGAAGAGAUACACAGAAGUCGAGAUAUACUUGUUACAAUGGCGAUGGGUCUUCUUGAACUAAAGGAACUCCUUUUACGUCACAGACAAUUUCUUUUUAAAGAUAGGAAAAUGGACCCUAAAACGACUUUUGAUUACCUUUUACAUGAAGGAUUAAUCGAUAUUACAGGACCAAUGGAUACUUUUAGUUUACUUAUGGUCCAUUACAAUUUUCUUUCACGAAUGCUUAUAAAUCUUGAUCGAGAAUCUGAUAACAAGGUUGGGAUGGUUGAUCUUGAAAUUGACCUUGAAAGGCUUGUGCGCAAUGCUGUUGAUGAUGCAAAACAAAUUUGUACAGAUCACUACGGUGACUGUCCCGAUGUAAAAUUUAUUAUAUCAAAAGAUGCAGGACUAAUAAAAUUUGCUCAAAUGAGCUCUACAAUAUCAUAUGUUGUCUUGGAGUUAAUGAAAAAUGCAUUCCGGGCAACUGUUGAAGGGCAUAUGGAGCGUGAUUCAAUGGGUAUUGUUAAUUGUGAAAAUAUGCCUCCUGUGGAGGUUUUAGUGAAUAUCAAAGAAAGUGCUAAACACGCUUGUAUCUGCAUAUCAGAUGAGGGUUUAGGCAUGACACAAACUCAAGUAAAUAUGGCCAUGACCUAUGCAUAUACCACUGUGAAGAGGCCAGUUCUUCAACUUCAUGAUAGUAGUGAAGUAUAUAGAGGAGAUUCGGUGGCUCCUCUAGCCGGUUAUGGGUUUGGUUUGCCAAUGUCAAGGGUAUAUGCUCGUACCUUUGAUGGAGAUCUUGUUAUGAGCACAAUGGAGGGAUAUGGGACCCGUGUGUACUACUACAUCAAAGUAUGA